UGUAGAGUAAGAAGACAAGCAGAGUUAUCGGGCUAAGGAACCGUCCUGUGUCAAUGUCAGAUGAAAAUGGGUAUUCAAGGCAGCAUUUACGUUAUUCUUUUUAUUUUUGGCCUUGAUUUUCAUGGAAAGGAUGGAUAAGGGUACACGAGAAUACUUAACUUGAUUGGUUUUGCAAAGUGUAGGUUGAUGAAGACAUGAAGAAUCGUUUCUGGACGACCGUCGGCUAUGACGUAACCCAAGACAGGGGAGAGCCCACCAGAGAGAGACCUUUGGAUAAAGGAGUCGUCGACACUUCUGCCAAGGAUGGAAGCAGUUUGUUGCAGAGACUCAGUAACCAUGGCCUCAGAGUUGCUGAAGACCACAGGAGGAACCUCUACACAGUAGAAUGUGAUGCAGUGGUUGUUGGUUCGGGUUGCGGUGGCAGCGUCGCCGCGGCCUUGUUAGCAAAGUCCGGCUACAAAGUGGUGGUCAUGGAGAAGGGAGGUUACUUCUGGGUUGAUUGACUACUCAUUGUUAGAAGGUCCCU